AUACUCCUAUGAAUUAUAUGCGUGGGUAGCAUUUUUUUUGUUCAACUUUCAAAUGAAUCCCAAUAGUUCUGAAAUGUCUGACAUUUUGAUAUCAAAUCAUCUAUAGUCAUCUGAUGAUGAGUAUUUCUGUGUGUGGGUCUAUUUCGUAACUAAAAUGGGCCUUUUUGUUUAAGGCCCAUUAAAAUCGUCUCUCAAAGUUAUAAUUUAUACCUUUUUGUUUUUUUUUUAGAAUGUGCCAGCGAAAAUGUCGUUCGGAAUUUCUCAAUCCCAUUCUUUAUUUAACGGCGGUCAGUUAACGCCGCCGAUAUACUUCGCCGGAGCUCCUGCCAACUUAUCCUCUCUCCUGCUGUCAGUCAAGAAGAAGAAGUCAUCAUUCUCUCCUAGAAUAAGCAGAAUUCAAGAACUUCAAAACACAUUGCAAGUCAAAAGAAACGCACCUCUAGUAUGUGGAAGAGUCUCCCCUCGUCUUCAUGUUCCUGAUCACAUACCAAAAGCUCCAUAUCUUGAAUCUAGCGAGCCACCAAAGAUAUCAAGUGAACAUCAGUUUCCUGACUCCAACGGCAUCGUUAAAAUGAAAGCAGCGUGCGAGCUCGCUGCUCGUGUGUUAAACUACGCAGGAACUUUAGUUAAACCAUUUGUUACAACAGAUGAAAUCGACAAAGCAGUGCACAAGAUGGUAAUUGAGUCUGGUGCUUACCCUUCACCUCUUGGUUACGGUGGAUUUCCAAAGAGUGUUUGUACAUCAGUGAAUGAAUGCAUGUUUCAUGGCGUCCCAGACUCUCGUCAGCUACAGGAUGGUGAUAUUAUAAACAUAGAUGUGGCAGUCUACUUGGAUGGAUAUCAUGGAGAUACGUCUAAGACUUUCCUCUGUGGAGAUGUCGAUGAGAGUCUUAUACAACUUGUGAAAGUCACAGAAGAAUGCUUGGAGAAGGGUAUAUCGGUUUGUAGAGAUGGAGCAAGCUUCAACGAAAUUGGGAAGAUCAUCAGUGAGCAUGCUGCUGAAAAGCAUGGCUAUAACAUGGAGCGCUUUAUAGGGCAUGGUGUAGGAACUGUAUUACAUUCGGAGCCUCUUAUAUAUCUCCACAAAAACUAUGAUUUUGAAAUUGGCUAUAUGAUUGAAGGCCAAACGUUUACGCUUGAACCAAUUCUCACCAUUGGAACCACAGAGUUUGUAACAUGGCCGGACAAAUGGACAAUUCUGACAGCAGAUGGUGGUCCGGCUGCACAGUUUGAACAUACGAUUCUAAUCACCGAAUCUGGUGCAGAAAUUCUUACCACAUCAUGAACUAUAUACACAAUGUUCAAGAACUAAAUCAUUGACGUUUCAUUUCUCUGUGUUAGGAAGUGUAGCAUUAGUUAAAUUAACCAUUCAAGACCUUCUUAGAUUGUUUUUUGGUGUACUACGACUUCAUCUUUUCAAUCAUAUGAAUCGUGGGCACAUUGCGGUUGUUA